AUGUGCGAGCGCACGACGCGUCUCGAGUGCACGGGGCCUCGCGCGCCAAGCUACAUCCUCUUUGAGCACCAGCUGGUUGCGGACAAGGCAAUGUGGCAUGUCAUCGAUGUGCCACGUCAGCUCGUGGGUGUUUGGGACGUACUGCGCAAGGCCGGGUACGCCGCCGUGGCCACCCUUGUGCGCACUGCGUGGCUCGCACUCGUGGGGACACCGGACGUGGCAUCUCUGCUGGAAGCCGCGGUGCACACGGCCCGUCUCGACAGUUGGCUGCACCGUCUGGACGUUGGCAGUGCCAUCAAGAUGAUGGCGCUCACCGACCCGGAGGCUGCUCUGGCAGCGCAGCUCGCGAAAGUGGACGCUGGCGACGAUGCCAACGGCACGGCGAUGCUCGAUUUGAUGCUGUUGCUUGUGCGCUGCGAUCUGGAGCUGGGCCGCGCCUGCACCGCCACAACGCUUGGGUCGCGCCGCAUGCAACUUGCGUUGCAGCGCUUUGUGGCGACGCACGAUACAGACGUG